CCUGUAGUUGAGUAGGAAAUUUCUAAAAGGGUUGGGAGAUAGCUUAUAAAUUUCACAUUUUCGUGUUUACAAUACGCUUGGCUUAAUCCAUAUCAUCAUUAUCCAAAAAUCGAAGUACCACAAAAGCUGACUCGAUGGAGAUUCUUUCUUUCAUGAUUAUAUUUGCAUGCAUAUUUGUUCCCUCUCUCAAAAUUUCAUUAGCGAUUGAUUCUAUCAAUCUGCUCGAGUCUAUGAGAGAUGGCGAGACCUUGGUAUCAAAAGGUGGAAAUUUUGAACUUGGGUUUUUCAGCCCAGGUAGUUCCCAGAAACGUUAUCUGGGCAUUUGGUACAAGAAUAUCCCAAUUCAAACAGUGGUUUGGGUUGCUAAUGGGGCCAACCCCAUCAAUGAUUCUUCAGGCAUCUUAACACUGAACAACACAGGCAAUCUUGUUCUCAGACAAAAGUCAACUCUUGUUUGGUACACCAACAACUCUCACAAACAAGCACAGAAUCCUGUGGUAGCGCUCUUGGACAGUGGAAAUCUUGUGAUAAAAAACGAGAAAGAAACAGACCCAGAAGCUUAUUUGUGGCAAAGUUUUGACUAUCCAUCAGAUAAACUCUUGCCAGGCAUGAAGUUGGGAUGGGACCUUCGAACUGAUCUCGAUCGGAGAUAUACUGCUUGGAAGAGUCCAGAUGAUCCAUCCCCAGGUGAUGUUUAUCGUGCUUUGGUACUCCAUAACUAUCCUGAGGUUUAUAUGAUGAAGGGAACACAAAAGUUGUUCCGGUAUGGACCUUGGAAUGGCCUAUACUUUAGUGGACUACCAGAUCUAUCGAAUAACACGCUUUUUAACUUGCACUAUGUUAGCAAUAAAGAUGAAAUCUACUACACCUAUACCCUCCUUAAUGAUUCUGUCAUCACCAUAACUAUAACAAACCAAACAGGUCAUAUUCAUCGCUAUGUAUGGGAUGAAAAUGGUAAAACGUGGAGACCAUUUAGAUCCUACCCGAAAGACGUUUGCGACCCUUAUAACCGCUGUGGACCCAACGGGAACUGCGUAACUACUCAGACACAAGCAUGCCAAUGUUUAAAAGGUUUCAGUCCAAAGUCACCACAAGCAUGGUUCUCAUCGUCGGAUUGGACUGGAGGGUGUGUCCGCAAUAAAGGGUUAAGCUGCAACGGCACAGACAAAGAUAAGUUUGUCAAAUUUAAAUCUCUCAAAGUUCCAGAUACUACGAAUACUUUGGUGGAUGAGAGUAUUGGUCUAGAGGAAUGCAGAGUCAAGUGCUUGAAUAAUUGUUCUUGUAUGGCCUUCACUAAUUCAGACAUAAAUGGUGAAGGUAGUGGUUGUGUCAUGUGGUUUCAUGAUCUCUUUGACAUGAGACAGUUUGAAAGUGUUGGCCAAGAUCUAUAUAUCAGAAUGGCUGCUUCAGAGUCAGACUCUCAAGAACCAGUAUCAAGGCACAAGAACAACACGCCAAAGAUAGUUGCUUCGUCCAUUGCUGCAAUUUGUGGGGUUCUUUUUCUAAGUACUUAUUUUAUUUGCAGAAUCCGAAGGAACAGAAGCCCAAGGAACAGCGCUGCAAAUUUAUUACCAGAAGAUAACAGUAAAAAUGAUUUGGAUGAUUUGGAGGUCCAAUUGUUUGAUCUACUGACAAUUGCAACUGCCACUAAUGAUUUCUCCACAGAAAAUAAGAUCGGAGAAGGUGGUUUUGGACCUGUUUAUAAGGGAAUAUUAAUGGAUGGGCGAGAAAUUGCUGUAAAGACUCUAUCAAAGAGCACAUGGCAAGGAGUUGCAGAGUUCAUAAAUGAAGUAAAUUUGAUUGCAAAACUUCAACAUCGGAAUCUUGUAAAAUUUCUUGGUUGUUGCAUUCAAAGACAGGAAAGAAUGUUAAUUUAUGAGUACAUGCCAAACGGAAGCCUAGACUCCUUAAUUUUUGAUGAUAAAAGAAGCAAAUUGCUAGAGUGGCCUCAACGCUUCAACAUAAUUUGUGGAAUUGCAAGGGGACUUAUGUAUAUUCAUCAAGAUUCCCGAUUGAGAAUUAUCCAUAGAGAUCUCAAGCCAAGUAACAUCCUACUUGACGAAAAUUUGAGUCCAAAAAUAUCAGAUUUUGGAGUGGCCAGAACUUUUGGAGGAGACGAAUCUGAAGGAAUGACAAGAAGAGUAGUAGGAACCUAUGGGUAUAUGGCACCGGAGUAUGCUGUUGAUGGGUCAUUUUCGGUGAAAUCCGAUGUCUUUAGCUUUGGCAUUUUAGCGUUGGAGAUUGUAUCUGGGACGAGAAACAAAGGACUUUAUCAAACGGAUAAGAGUCAUAACCUUGUUGGUCAUGCAUGGACAUUAUGGAAAGCGGGCAGGGAAUUAGAUUUGAUUGACUCAAACAUGAAGUUGUCGUCAUGCGUUAUAUCAGAAGUACAACGUUGCAUCCAUGUUAGUCUUUUGUGUGUGCAGCAGUUCCCAGAUGAUAGACCUCCAAUGAAGUCUGUGAUUCCAAUGUUGGAGGGUCACAUGGAAAUGGUUGAGCCUAAAGAACAUGGUUUUAUUUCGGUAAAUGUUUUAGGUGAAUUAGAUUUACACUCGAAUCCGCAAAACACGAGUUCAUCAAAUUAUGUGACGAUUACCAUGUUAGAAGGUCGAUGACUUGGGAAAGAAUAAUUGGACACACACCAAAUAUAAAUAUAUGAGGUGUGCUGAUAUGCAGGUGCAGGUUUAUGAACAUAUUAGUUGUUUAGCAUUUCAGUUUAGACUUUGGAUCAGAGUGCUGGUAUGAAUGCAGCUUAUUUGAAAAUGAUAAUACUUAUUAUGUAAAUGUGUUGGGGGUACCCUUGUUCCUCAUUUAAUAUAUACUUCUUUCGGUUGACCAAAAAAAAUAUAGAUAUCUUAAGAAAUUUGUAAGAACGUAUGCAAAAGUGAUCAGGAUUAAUUUAUGA